UCAGCAUAACACCGGAACUGAACUGAACUGUGUGGUGACCUGGAAGUUCUCUCAUUUUAGCUGGAGAACGAAAAUUGUAUGCAUAUUUUUGUCCUGAUGUUUGUUUGAGGACCAAAAGCAUUCUGGACGAAAUAAGCCGUGCCGCACACCGAGACAUUGGGGACAUAACGUUAUCUGUUUAACAUUAGUCCUCGACCAAAACAGUUAGUUAAACAGAACCUUUUCUGUUCGGAAAGAAGCUCGACUUUUUCAUUGGGCACAGGGAAGCUAACUUAGCGUUAGCGUUUACUUGUCGAACUGUGAUAGUAUCGGACUCGUCAAGAACACCCCAAAAUACAGGAGCUCAUCAGUGGAAGCAGACAAGGGCGGCAGAAGUUACAGGGAUCACCAAGGGGCCCUGAGAUGACAUCACAGCAGCAACAGCUCCCAGAUGCUGUUAUUCAUCCCCACCUUGCCCAAAACUCCUCUGCACAGCAGGCCCAUCCCCACAUUCAGAUUAAUCAGCUGGACUUGAGUCAUAGCAGUGCAACUGCUCGACCUCUGGACCACAGAGCUCUGACAGGCAGGCCAGGCUGCACCAGUGUGGCAGCAACCAGCGGGGAGGUGGCCAACAGGAAGUCCAGCUUGUCAAGAAGAGAUGGGGGCUUUGAGCCAUGGCCUGAGGAAACAGUGAACAACUCUCAUGGACUGUACUCCCUUCACCGCAUGUUUGAUAUAGUUGGAGCCCAGUUAACACAUCGGGAUGUCAGGGUACUCUCGUUCCUGUUUGUUGAUGUGAUAGAUGAGUAUGAGCGUGGUGGCAUCAGGAGUGGAAGGGAUUUUCUGCUAGCCCUAGAGCGCCAGGGUCGCUGUGAUGAGACCAACUUCCGACACAUUCUUCAGCUUCUAAGAAUUAUCACCCGCCAUGACCUGCUGCCUUACGUCACACUCAGGAAACGGCAGGCUGUAUGCCCAGAUCCUGUUGACAGGUACUUGGAGGAGACAUCAGUGCGCUACAUUUCACCAAGAGGAACAGUGCCAAGCAAGGACACUCCAUCUAACAGAAGAACAGGUCCUCAGCCGGUCAUUUGCUGUUCCCCUUCAGGACCCCACGUUGACCCUCCACGAAUGAAGCCUGUUCCUUCUGUACCGAACUGCAAACGAAGGAGAAGUCAUUCUUCAGCUGACUGCAGAGAAAAGCAAACAUGUGAUAUCCGCCUCAGGGUUCGUGCUGAAUACUGCCAGCACGAGUCUGCUCUUCAGGGCAACGUGUUUUCUAACAAGCAAGAGGCAGUGGAGCGACAGUUUGAGCGUUUCAACCAGGCAAACACUAUCCUUAAAUCCCGAGACUUGGGCUCCAUCAUUUGUGACAUCAAGUUUUCUGAGCUGACCUACUUGGAUGCCUUCUGGAGGGACUACAUCAAUGGAUCAUUGCUAGAGGCCCUUAAGGGGGUCUUUAUCACAGAUUCCUUAAAACAAGCUGUGGGCCAUGAAGCUAUAAAACUGUUGGUAAAUGUUGACGAGGAGGACUACCAGGCUGGUCGACGUAAACUGCUCCGUAAUUUGGUCUCAACUGGAGGGAGCACGCUGGGAGCUAGUAAAGACUUUGUGUCUUAGAUAUAGCCUUUAGUUGGUAGUAUAGGGGAGGAACACUGUUGUGCCUCACCCUUAGGGAACUGAGCGAGAUGUGGCUGUGUCAUUUGAGGUGCCUGAAGCGUGUGCCUGAAAGGAACUAAAGAACUACUAGCCACUAUAUUGAUUCCUUCAGUGCUAAGGUCAUACCCUUAGUAUAUACUUGGCACCACUUAGUGUAGCAUGCAAGGUGAUUGGGGAACUGUAUUAUAGCAAAAAGAGUUAGACAGUGCAUACAGGUUGUUAUUUUUAAUGUUGAACUGUUGAUUUUCUUCAUGUAGGUGCUGAGUCAUGUGUACAUUGAAUUAAUUUUUUGUUUCUAGUAUGUUAGCUCCAUGAAACACGUUUGUCAUCUCCAAUGAUAGUCUUCACCCAUGUUCAAAAGUGUAAUUAUUUUCAGUAUAGGACAUAUGUUUAACACUGACAAGUUACUCCCAGUGGGAGUUGUAUUUUAUUGUGAAAAUAUGUGGUUCCUUUUUUCCCCCAUGUUUUUUAGGUACAUUACAGAUUGAUUGGACUGACCAAAUGAAGUGUUCUGUAUGUUAUUUUUUAAAAAAAGCACAGGUUGUAGUUCACUAACAAUUUGCUUUGUUUCUUUUUGAUUUUGCAGAGCUUCCUGGAAGAUUGAUCGUUGUGGAGCAUUAUUUUGUUGGUUAAUUUUGACAUCACUAUUUUCGUUUUGUUUUAACAAAUUCUUUUAAACAUGCCUUGGAAACUGAAAUGUGAUUCUGGCCUAAUUUUAAAUGUCUGGCACUGCCGAUAUUUACAAUGCUGUGUGUCAUUCUAAGAUGUCGAAUCUUAUCUAAUGUUACAGUAAGUCAUUCACUGGUGUUACAUAGUCAGAUUACACCUGUAAGCCUCACUCAUUCUGUCAUUCAUAUUCACUCAUGAUUUAGCACUAAACUUGUUUUUUUUUGUUUUUUUUAAUUUGAAUUGACAGUAAUACUUCAACAGCAGGCCAAUAUGUGUAGAGCCAUCUCAGCUUUGCAGGUAUAUGUUAUAAUAUUAAACUACUUCACAUGUUUUUGUGAAGUUAAGGAUAUUUCAACCAGCUGUACUUUACAUCCUCAGAAGUCUAGUCCAUAGACAUGUCAUGCACGAUGUAAUGGAGUUCACAUGAUCUAAACAUUAUAAAAUCCUGAAAUAGACAGCCAAGAGUCCAUCAUUGUGUGUCGUUGAGCCCCUAAAGUGUGUCCCUAUGUUGUCCCUUAUCAACAACUAACUGUUCGAGUAUUAUUUUAGGGUGCUAAUAAAUGGUAGCUCAACCUAGUCAAUUACUGAUUUCAUAUAGUUAUUCCAUAUUUUUGCUUUUUUUUUUUUUUACUUUUUUUUAAAUUCCAAAGUACAUGUAGAGCAUAUGGCAAAACUAAUUGACAAUUGAAAUGGUAAGCUUUCUUUAUUGUCUUACUGUGAUACUUAGCAGUAGGAAUACUGCCAGGUUACUGGACAAAACUGCAAAAUGCUGAAAUACGACAACAUAAUUCAAUUUCUUCUUUUAUACAGUAGCUGAGCAUGCCAGCCAGUAUGUUAUAGUUGUAGAAAGGUUGAGGUUACCUUAGUAAAUAAGCAAAUGUCAAUUGCACAUCUGUGGCAAGACGCAGUUUCUGGUUUCCUCUAUCAAAGGCAGACACACCAUUCUGUAAUCUUGAUCUCUGCACCUUUAUGUUUUUAGUAGCUGCAUUAGGGGCACAGUACUUCUUGAAUGUUGCCAUUCAACAUAACUCUUGAGGUAUGCAUGCUGGCACCAUAGUCAUAAACUUUAAUUUAAAUUAAAUUGUGAAAUUGUGGCUUUAAAAAAACGGAAAGAAUUUGAUAUUUUGAAAUGUUACUGGUAUUGUACUAAGACUGGUUAUGACUCGGUACAAACUCAAAGUACUUUUGUUUAAAAGUAAAAAUAUCAGCGUCAAAUAUAAGCAUAGUACUAAUUUGUGUUUAUUGAGAUUUUGAUUUUGUAAUAACACUGAUGUCAUUUUAGUAGGAAUUUUCAUUUGAAAUCUCAACUUCUAAUGCUAAUAUUUGACAUUUCUCCCUAAUAUUUCUGUUAUUUACUGCAUAUAGUCAAAUAGUUGAACAUGUAAAUCUGUGUACCUUAUUAAAAGUUAUAUGUUUUCACCAAAUAUAUUCUUCAUGGUUUAAAAAAAAAAAAAAAAAAAAAAAGCGUAGUUGUAUCUUUGCUAACACACAGUCUAUGGGUACAUUUCAGAACAUGCAAGUCAAGAUUGACCGGCAACUAUUACUGUGAAUUAUGCUGAGUAAGCCUGCAUUUUAUAUAUUUACCCCAGUGGAUUUUCAUGUCAAGGUUGCAAAUUAGCAUCUAUUAUAUAGGAUGGUGUAUGUUUUGCUGAGUGUGUGUUAUUAAAUACAGCUCUUUGUUUGCAUGUAACCUGUUAUCUUCAGAAAUGUCAUAGAAACUCACAGUGAUAACAUUUUGUAAAUAGCUUUAAUGGAUGUCAGGUUUUAUUACUUAAAUUUUGCAUUUCUUUAAGAAAACAGAUGUAAACAGACGUAGGACUCUUAAUAAAUCAAAAGGAUGGGUUUUUGUUUAAGUCCCAGUCCUAAUUAUUUUGUUUGUCAUGUACUAAUCUUGUUACUAAAACUAAUCAUACGGUGGAAAACGGAUAGAUGAUUUCCAGAUCACAAAAUAUAGACAUAUUUAAACAGAUACUUUUCUCAUGGAUAUAAUGUUUAUUAUUGACUACCAUCUUUGUAGAAAUUUGGCCCAAACUUGCUACCACUUUGACACACAGUGUGGCAUUUUUGAAUACAUGCUCAAUCUCUAUAUGGUAGUUUAUGUUACAUUAGGUCCUGGGGUAUUUCAUUUCUCUUACACACUCAUUCCUUUUACUUAUCUGUUGCUCCUGAGCUCAUCACAUGCAUAACAUGAGAAGACAAGAAAGGACAAAUCCAGGCAACACUGUUUGUCUGUUAAACUAGGCAAACCAAGUUUAUUUGGGCCAUGAACUUUCUUGCAGACUUGAAUGUAAUGUAUGUUAGUGUGAAUCAUACUCUCCCAGUAUGAUGGUAUUGCUUUCAAGGUAUGAUAAAAGAAUAAAUGAUAAAUGACUU